CUCAAUACAAGUCUAGUCUAUGAUAUCCUCCGCAGAGAUUGUGGUAUACAUUGAGUCCAACAGUGAAUGCAAUAGCGAUUCAGUGCUACACUCGAGUCACACAAACAUUUAAUUGCCAUCGAUUCAGUGGACACACGACUCAUGAAAUGGUUUUAAGACUAAUUGAAUGACAAGUGUUUUAUGGGCUAAAUUUUAUAAUUCAUAAGACACUGAUAUGUCUGAAAUAAACUCCUUCGGCACGGAUGCCAUUCCCUGUCACGCGUUCAACGCUUCCAGAAAUAGGGUGGCCCUAUCGCCUAAUAAUAACGAGGUUCACAUCUAUCAGAGGGAAGGCAUCAAAUGGACGUUAAGUCAUAAUUUAAAUCAACACGACUUAAGGAUAACAAGCAUUGAUUGGGCCGCCAAUAGUAACCGAAUAGUGACCUGUUCUGCGGACCGGAACGCCUACGUGUGGUCACUGGACCCUCAGGACAACCAAUGGAAGCCAACGCUAGUGUUGUUGAGGAUCAACAGAGCGGCCACUUGUGUCCGGUGGUCACCCAAAGAGGACAAGUUUGCGGUGGGAAGCGGUGCUAAACUGGUGUCCGUUUGCUAUUUCGAAGAGUCCAACGACUGGUGGGUCUCUAAACAUAUCAAAAAGCCCAUCCGAUCGACCGUCACGUCCAUCGACUGGCACCCAAACAACGUGUUGCUCGCGUGCGGCUCCACCGACUACAAGGCCCGCAUAUUCUCGGGUUUCAUCAAAGAGGUGGACAAACGAGAGGGCGAACCCACGCCGUGGGGCGGCAAGUGCAGUACCGGCGCUCUUGUGCUUGCUAUCGUGUUACCAACAAUGAAAGAUCUACUAAUAGUGAUCACAAUUUUGGUGCCAUUCGUGUGGACUCACGACUCGUCCUUCCAGUCGAUGGAAGAGAUGGACAAUCACUUACACAUGGAUCAGAUCCCACCGCCGGCCGCACAGCCGUCGCACGAAGAAAUCAGCCAAAUGUUGUCUCAACUCUUUGGCGAGAAUAUCGACAAAGACGGCGAUGGCUUGGCGUCUGUGACUGAGUUGAAGGCGUGGAUAGAAGUGGUUCACAACAAACUGAUUGCCGAUAAUAUUGAACAGCAAUGGAGUUACUAUCAGCCGGAGAUACAAGAGGUGCACAGUUGGGAGGGAUAUACACCCGAGCAGAAGGAGGUCCUCCAUUGGGACCAAUACGUGAAUAUGACUUAU